AUGUGUGACCCGAACUAUAUAAAAGCAAAGAGCAGCACCAACGAUGUACCAAGUAACGUUAACGAAUAUACAGCAUCUACGUCUACCAAUUUGUUUACUAAUGAAAAAGUGAGCAAUAUUUACCUUCAGACUGCUUGUGCACGUAUCGUGUUGGGAAGCUGCGAGAAUAAAGGUGAUGAUGUAUCUGUACGGUUAGUCUUAGACGGAGGCAGUCAGCUGACUUUUAUAAAAGAGUGCGUGUCGAGGGAACUGAACUUACCGGUGAUAGGAACUCACAAAAUCGCGAUUAUGACAUUCGGAAAAAAUGAAAUGGCACCCGCGCGGUUGUGCAAACGAGUGGCCUUGACGUUGCAAGGGCUUUAUGACAAUAGUGAACCCAUCAAAAUGAGCGCUGUGGAGGUACCGGAAAUUUGUUUUGACUCCCUGGUAGCACCUUCUACGUCGGAUCCCCUUCUGCAAAAUUUCAGUAGACAGCAUCAGCUGGCAGACGCGUGUUCAAGUGAUUCGGAUGUUUUACCAGGCAUAUCCAUAUUAGUAGGAGCUGACGCGUAUUGGAAGAUUGUGACUGGAGAAGUGAAAAGGCUCUCAGCGUCAUUAACGGCUACUAAUACGAAAUUUGGCUGGAGUAUUCAUGGUGGUAGUAACGAGUAUACAUUUGCAGCAAAUAUGGUCAACAUACUUCAUGUACAGGUUGAUUCAUGUGAUAAUAGUGACUUUGACAUAAGGAAAUUCUGGGAAUUGGAGACUAUCGGAAUAAAGCAACCUGCAGAUCAAAUAGAAUUUAAUACAGACAAAUUUAUAAAUGAAAAUAUAACAUUCAAGAAUAGUCGUUAUACAGUAAACUUACCGUGGAUCGAAAAAGUUAGGAAACUUGAUUCGAAUUAUAUUGGUGCUUUGAACCGAGUCAAAUCCUUAACAAAGAAGCUUAUCCGAAAUGAGACAUUGCUAGAAUAUGACCGAGUGAUAGGAGAAUAUUUGAAAAAUGACUGUUCAGAACUAGCACCCUUAUUAACUAAAGAAAGCGAAGCUUACUAUAUGCCUCAUAGACCUGUCUAUAGAGAUGACAAGGAGACAACUCGUAUUCGUUGUGUAUAUGACGCCUCUGCACAUAUGCCAGGUUUUCCGUCAUUGAAUAAUUUGUUGUGCACCGGUGAAAAUUUAGUACCAUUGCUUCUAACGAUUUUAAUCAAUUUUAGAAUUGGAAAAAUAGGCCUUACAGCUGAUAUAGAGAAGGCUUUCCUGCAAAUUGAAUUAAAUGAAUCCGAACGCAAUUAUCACAGAUUUCUGUGGUAUGAUAAACCCGUGACUGACUCGUCAAAAUUACCGAAUCUGACAGAGUAUCGUAUAAAAAGAGUAACGUUUGGCGUUACAUGCAGUCCCUUCCUACUAGCGGCAACUUUGAGAAAGCAUUUAACGACACAACCUGUAGAAUUCCAACAAGUGACUGACAUUCUCUUGAAAUCAUUUUACGUCGAUGAUUUAAUAGUAUCAGCUGACAAUAUAGAUUCUGCUUGUCAAAUUUAUGAGCAAGGAAAGCUAAUUAUGUCUAAAGCUAAUAUGAACCUACGGAAAUGGUCGACUAACGAUAUUAAGUUAAGAGAAAAAAUCGAAGAUGAACUAACGGCUAAUAAGAUGACACAAAAGGUACUUGGACUCCUAUGGUACGUCGAUCUGGAUGAAAUAGGAAUAGAUACUUCUAUAUUGAAAUGUAUUCAAGAUGGCGGACAAGGACCUGCAUCGAAACGUAAUAUGCUGAAGAUAGUGUCCAAGGUAUAUGACCCACUGGGUUUUGCAUCACCAUAUGUCAUAAGAGCACAAAUUCUACUGCAGAAAGUUUGGAAAUUAAACUACGGCUGGAAUGAUGUGCUACCGGAAAAUCUGGCUAGUGAAUGGAAUGAAUGGGUUCAUGAAAUACAGGAACUAUGGAAUCUGACAAUACCGAGAUGUUUAGGUCAGAAAGCUUCGGCCUCUUUCACCGAACUUCUUGUAUUUUCCGAUGCUAGUCCUCUCGCUUAUGGAGCAGUGGCAUAUCUUAAAACGCUUAUUGAAAAUAACGAAGUAAUGUGCAACAUUUUAGUAGCAAAAAGCAGAGUGGCUCCGAUAAAUAAAAGGGGUGAUAAAACAUUAACACUGCNGGCUGGAAUGAUGUGCUACCGGAAAAUCUUGCUAGUGAAUCGAAUGAAUGGGUUCAUUAAAUACAGGAACUAUGGAAUCUGA